UUCUAUCGAAUUCUUCUUGAGUUUUGAGGAAUUCUGCGAGAUGGGUUCUCUGGUAAACGGCGUGGAAGAAGGACGGUUACAUGAUAAGGGAGAAGAAGAGCCAAUUUUAAUGGAGCAAUCGCAGAGGUUUUGUAUGUUUCCUAUCAGGUAUAGGCAGCUAUGGGAGAUGUACAAGAAAGCCGAAGCUAGCUUUUGGACUGCGGAGGAGGUUGAUCUCUCUUAUGAUGUUCAACAGUGGGAAACUUUGUCUGAUUCUGAGAAGCAUUUUAUAAGCCAUGUACUGGCAUUUUUUGCUUCAUCUGAUGGCAUUGUGUUGGAGAAUUUGGCUGCCAGAUUUCUAAAAGACGUUCAAGUUCCAGAGGCUCGGGCAUUCUACGGUUUUCAAAUUGCCAUGGAGAAUAUUCAUUCUGAGAUGUAUAGCUUACUUUUGGAGACAUACAUCAAGGACUCAAAGGAGAAGCAUAGGUUGUUUAAUGCUAUUGAAAACAUUCCCUGUGUUGCGAGAAAGGCCAAAUGGGCCUUGGAUUGGCUUGAAAGCUCAAGUUCUUUUGCAGAGAGACUUGUUGCCUUUUCCUGUGUUGAAGGAAUAUUUUUCUCGGGAAGCUUCUGUGCCAUUUUCUGGCUGAAAAAGAGGGGUCUAAUGCCGGGGUUGACAUUCUCAAAUGAGCUUAUUUCGAGAGAUGAGGGUCUCCACUGUGACUUUGCAUGCCUCUUGUACAGUUUGUUACAUAGACAACUAAAUCAACAAAAGGUUCAUCAAAUCGUGCAUGAAGCUGUGGAAAUUGAAACUCAGUUUGUUUGUGAUGCCCUCCCUUGUGCAUUGAUUGGCAUGAACUCAGUUCUCAUGAGCCAGUACAUAAAGUUUGUUGCGGAUCGCCUUCUGGUUGCUUUAGGAUGCCAGAAGAAAUAUAAUACAGAAAAUCCUUUUGAUUGGAUGGAGUUUAUUUCCUUGCAAGGAAAAGCAAACUUCUUUGAAAGAAGAGUGGGUGACUAUCAGAAGGCUUCUGUGAUGUCUAGCCUACAGAAUGGAGGAGGAAAUUAUGUCUUCAAAAUGGAUGAGGACUUCUAGUGGUUAAUUGGGCUAUAUACUCAUACAAGCAUUUUGGAGAUGUUGAAAAGGCAUCAACUUUUUUGUAACUAAUUGCUUGCAAGGAAGUUGCAUUCUAUUAGUUUCCCUUUCACACUAUUGUGUAUGCAUUGUUUCAAGAUUGAUAACCACUAUGCAUUUUUAUUGUUCAUAUUUAUGUAAA